AUGAACUUCGUGCCCGACCGUGCCGGCCAUCUUUACUACAUCAACACAAUCGCCAUCGUCGCGCCGUGGGUAUACGACCGCUAUCUCGCGUUCUCCACGAUAUUCGCAAACAGACCAGGGAACUUUGAAAAUAUCAACCACUUCAAGAGUCACGAAGUCAAGUUCCGCGAUCGGCUUCGCAAUUGCGAGGAUGUACUGGUGGAAGAGGAGAUGGGUAUUGCGUUCUUGAGCUGCAAUCCGGAGAGGGAUCAGUGGAACACGGUAAUGGUGCGUAGCCGCCCUUUGGAUUUGCCCCUAAGAGCAAAAGAGUUUCAACGCGACGAGGGCUUACAUAUGCAGGGCGCCUUUGCGUCACCUUUGGAUAAAAGAGAUGGCACCGAUAGCCCACAUAUCUGGAUCUACGACUAUUCAACGCCCAACAUUCUGGACUCAGACGCUUUGAAGCCUCUCGUUCUGACUGACUAUAACAACGCGGCGGAUUUUCAGCCUCUGGGCAUCGAAUUUGAUGCCGCGACUUCUACGCUAUAUGUCGUCAACCAUUCCCGUACCUCUGGAAAUCUCAUCGAAGUGUUCCAAGUCUCCGUCCAGAAUGCGGUAGCCAGAUAUUUGCAGACACUGAAACAUCCGUUGAUCCAUACGCCGAAUUCCAUACACUCUCUAGGAGAUGGGAAGCUACUAGUUACCAAUGACCACUACAUCGGCGCAUUGGUCUCACCGUUCAUAUCACAGGUCGAAACAUUUUCUGGCAUUCCUGGAGGUAGUGUCGUCUAUACUGAUAUCCACAACCUGCAGCACACCAAGACGUUGACGCACGUCCCCUUCGCCAACGGCAUUGCCAUGCUCAACUCGACGACUGUUGCCGUUGCCUCGUCUUCCAAAAUGGGCGUAAACAUCUACAGCUUCUACCCUGACACGAUCACAAAGCGAGAGCAAAUUGCAACAUGCAAGGACUAG